GGGAGGGCCGGGGAGGGAGGGCCUGGGUGGGAAGGCGCAGCGGCGCCGGACACCGUCAGAGACACGAGUUCAUUUCACAAGAGGCGAAAAAUGUGCAUUUUCUGACUCUCCUCUGGUGUUCUCUCCGAUGUCGACGCCUUUUAUUUGUUGCCGUGUGACCAGUUGCAGCCCGCGCUGCCUGGGCCUCUUGCCAUUGCCUGUCAGGCUCUCCUCCUCUCCUCUCCUCUGACUGCCCCUGGCCCUCCAGUUAGGUUGACCUACACACAUUUUGUAAACCAAAUCCAACAACAAGAUUGCAUUUGUAUAGCACCUUUCACGUCGGGACGUUCCAAGGCGCAGGGUCACCUAUGUGAGAAAAUUGAACCCUCCACCGACGUACGGUCGCCCGACGUGACCCUUAGUCCCGUGAUCACAGAUUGGUCAACCUAAUUCACAAAUGCAAUAGAUACUGAAGCAGCACAAGGCAGAGAUAUGUAUCUCCUGUUGAGGAAUCUCAAAAGGCUAGCCUUGCCGUCAUCCUGCAGAUUCAUUUCAAAUUAUGUCAGUCGGAUGCGCCACUUGUUUGAUCUGAAGGAAAAUGAUGAAGCUUGCAGGAAGGCUUUGAGCUCUGGGUCCUUCCUCCUUUUUCACAGCCUUUCUCCACUCAUGCAGAAAACUGAGAACAAAUACACAGUGCCAUUUGUGACUGCUUCAGAACUCUACAGAAUUCUUCGUAAACUUGGUCAAAAGGAGAAAUAUUUGGAGGAGUCAGUGCUGCUUGGCUGUACAGACAGUUACUUGGCUCAGUUUGCACUUGAUCUGGGAAUAAUGGAGAAGGCCAAAGCGGAAUCGCUUCUGCAAGGAACAUUUGUUGAUUUACGAAAAGCCUUCUUACUUUUAGAUGGAAAAAAUGCUCAAAUGUUGUCUCAAGCUCAGGCCCUUCUUCGCUGGCACAACACACACCUGUACUGCAGCAAGACUGGACACCCUAUGCAAAAGAAUGUGUCUGGCAGCAGAAGAAUCUGUAGCUCAAAUGGAACAAUCUACUACCCACAGAUGUCUCCAGUGAUUAUCACAUUGGUGUCAGAUGGAACUCGGUGCCUCCUAGCACGUCAGGAAGCAUUUCCUUCUGGGAUGUACAGUGCACUGGCUGGAUUCUGUGACAUUGGGGAAACCGUGGAGCAAGCCGUGCACCGGGAGGUGGCAGAAGAGGUCGGUUUGGAGGUAUCCUCCUCUAAAUAUGCUGCAUCUCAGCACUGGCCCUUUCCCAAUAGUUCGCUGAUGAUUGCAUCUCAUGCUAUGGUGCAGCCAGGCCAGAUCAAGAUUACCCUGAACCAGUUUGAGCUUGAAGAUGCUCGUUGGUUUGGUGCAGAGGAGUUGGCAGAAGCCUUAAGGCGUGAAAGGAUGCCUAGCAAAAAUGAAAUGGGAACCAUACCAUUUUGGAUCCCACCACCAUGGACAAUAGCACAUCAACUGAUUAAAGAAUGGACCCAACAGAAGCAAUUAUGCUGAAAUCUGAAAAAACAACAAUUAAUGGCAUUGUGCACAUUAAUUGUUUUGUACACAGAUAUUCUAGGAUUGCAAAUUGUCUUGUAGAGCAGUAUUUUAAAUGGGUUCCUCUUGUUGUAAAACGAGACCACUACAUUUCUGAAUAUCCGCUGUGCCUCUGAACCUCAAUAUCCUCAGGCCUCCAAAGCACACAUUGUAGUCCAUGCUUGUCACUGCCUUGAUCUCUGAUUUCCCUGUCUCUUUUGAUAUUACACAGGGAUCCUGCAUUUGUUGCUAAAUGUUCCCCUUAGGGCUUAAAAAAUAAGCUUUGAAAAUGUUGAGGCCUUGCCCUUUCUCGAAGGUAUGACUCAAUAAGCAGUGCAGUUGCUUUAUAUUUUUCCAAGAUUGAAUGCUAUUUAUCUUGUUCAAUACAAGUUAAAAUGUGUAACAGGGAAUCUCCCUACAAAAGUAUGGUAUGGAAUGUCAAAAUAUACGCAAAUUUCUAUCAUACAGUAUUCAAUUUAAAAAAGCACCUUUCGGUUCAACCAGUCCAUGCCAGGGUUUACUCUACAUGUCUGGUUCAUAGGAUGAUCAGGAUCCAUUCAGAUUUCACUGUAUCAUUUAAGAAUUAAACAUGUAGAUUAUUGUACUGUAUUAAGAAUUAAAUACUUAGAUUACUGUAUUAAAAAGAAAUGACUGAAAUAUUUAAGUGAAGAAUAUAACUUUAAUUUUUCCCCCGGCUUGGGCAGCACAAUUGAGAUAUGAAAGCAAGCACAGUUGGGAGAUCACUGUUCCGUGCUGCUAAACAUUGGUGCCCCAGGUUACUGUGCCACUGUGACAGUUCAUGUAGUGAGUAAUUGCAAAAUUGCUCUUGUUGAAUAUUUUAUUUCAUAUAUUUUACCAUUUGAAGCCAAAAUAAUUUUUGAAGGCAUAUUGCAUGUUUAACAUUUGCUCCUCUAUUUUGCCGCCUGGGAUUUAUAACAAUUCUCCAACCUCUGAUUAUGCAAGAGCCAGUUGGCAAUAUUGUCACCAUGAUAAUAAUAAUAAUGGAUAAUAUUUAGUAAGAUGAAUGACAUUUUAACUAAUCAAUAAAAUAUGUCACUUCAUGGCACCUACCUACCUCUGACAUGCUUACACCCCACUCCAUUACCAGCCACCUUUGCUCAACUGGCUCCGGCCAACUACACAUUGCUCAUUCCCUCCGCUCAACCAUUGGCGGCUGUGCUUUCUACGCCCCAAAGCUAUGGAACUCUCUGCCUCAAUCCUUCCACCUUGCCUCCUCUUGUCGUCUUCAGAUCACACCUUCUUCAUUUACCCUGCCUUUGGUCACUGCUCCUGGCUCAGUGUCAAGCUCUGCCACUGUUAAGUGCUCUGAGACGCUAUUCUGCUUGAAGGGGGCUAUAUUAAUGUAAGUUGUCUAUUUUACUCUGAAUAUUUUUUCACUAGAUAGUCUGAAUAAAAUUAUCUCAGUAGUUAAACUUUGGCAAAGUAAAGAUUCAUAACUGCAUUCCAGCUACAGAUCACUUCAAACAGAUAAUUUCAAACAGAUCUA